AUGGGCUCAUAAUGCUGUAAUGGAUAAACUAGAUCUCUCAACAAUGAGAUAGUCAAUGACAGUAUCAAAAAUAGUUCUUUGUUCAAACAAUCGAUUCAUAGUCUUCCAUUCACUAAUCAAAUGCAAUGCAAUAAUGAUGAAAUAUUGGAGUUAAAGAAGGAAAAUUACAUGGGACUUCCACUCAUAAGCGAAAAUGCAAGUCAAGUCGAGAAGGAGAAACAACAAAUUGGUGUCUCCCAAUUGACUGUGACUCAAGAUCCCAAGUCAAACAAUUAUUUAGGGAAUUCUUCAGAUUAAUAAAUUCAAGAAGGUUGCCAUUCGAAUCCGUCUCAAUCCACUCCGAUUAAGAGAAAGACAGUGACUUCUAUUGGCACUGUCAAAUUGGGAGCUGAUGUUUUUGUCAGUUUAAAAUAGGGGAGUAUUGGUAAAUUUUAUUCAACUGGAUCGACAUUAGGAUCAGGAGCUUAUGGAAAAGUAUGGAAAGUUACUCACAAAACCACAGGUAUGAACUCCAACUCAUUAUUAAAAUAGGGUUAAUAAGAGCCAUGAAGCAAAUCAAGAAAUCUUCAUUAAUACAUGAAGAAUAGUAAAGGUUGUUCGCUGAAAUGAAUAUCCUCAAAAAUUUGGAUCAUCCUCAUAUUGUGAAACUCUAUGAAUUAUACCAAGAUGCCCAGAAUUACUACUUAAUCACAGAGUACUUGAGUGGAGGAGAACUUUUUGAGAGAAUCAAGGCAAUGACCAUAUUUAAUGAGAAGAAAGCUGCAGAGUACAUGCGACAGAUCCUCUCUGCUGUGAUGUAUUGUCAUGAACAGAAGAUUGUGCAUAGAGAUUUGAAACCUGAGAACAUUUUAUUCGUUAAUGAUUCCUCAACUUCGCCAUUAAAAAUUAUUGAUUUUGGAACGUCCAGAAAAUACGACCCUUCUAAAAAGAUGACUAAGAAACUUGGAACUGUAAGAAUUUAUUUGAUAAUAUCCUUUUAGCCCUAUUAUAUUGCCCCAGAAGUAUUAAAGUAGGAUUAUAAUGAAAAAUGUGAUAUUUGGUCGUGCGGAGUGAUUCUGUACAUUUUGUUAUGUGGAUACCCACCAUUUACAGGGAAAACCGAGAAGGAAAUUAUGAAGAAGGUUGGUGAAGGAAAAUUUGAAUAUGAUGGUAAUUUCCUCAUUUUUAUAUUAAGUGCAGCUGAUGAUUGGAGUUAAAUAUCGAAAGAAGCCAAAAAUCUCAUUAACAGAAUGUUGCAUAUCAAUCCGAGUUUUAGGAUAUCAGCCAAGCAGGCAUUGAAUGAUCCUUGGAUAUUGAAACAUUGUUCAUAAACGAUCAUCAAUAACAAUGUCAAUUUGAGGGUUCUCCAAAAUCUCCAAAAAUUUUAAGUACUUUCCAAAAUUCUACUUAGGCUAAAUCAAUAUUCUCUUAAGCAGUUUUGUCGUAUAUAGCUUGUUAAAUGACAAAUCAAUUAGAACAAGAUGAAUUGUUAAAAACAUUCUAAAGUCUCGAUAAAAAUAAUGAUGGAAUAUUGUCAAAGGAGGAGUUGAUUGAAGGAUACAAUACAAUCUAUUAAGACAGGGAGAAAGCAGAGUAAGAAGUUAUCAAGAUUCUUCAAUUGAUAGACUUGAAUCAAAGUGGUUAGGUUGAUUUUUCAGGUUUUUAAAAUUCAUCUACAUUUAGAGUUUUUGAUGGCAGCUAUGAAUUAGGAGAAACUGGUUUCUUUGUAGAAGGUUAAGGCUGCAUUUAAAGUGUUCGAUGCGAAUGAUGAUGGCAAGAUCUCUAAAUAGGAAUUAGAACUGAUGAUAGGGACUCUGGAUCAGGAAUUGUGGGAAUAGAUUCUUGAAGAAUGCAAUGCUCAAGAAUUUAUAACAGAAAAAGAAUUUAUUAAUAUCUUACUUAGUUAAAAAAUUUGA